GGGCGGUUUGCGUGUGGCAACGUGUCAGUCGCCAUACGGUCGCGAAGGAAAUUUCGCAGAGUUUUAUCGAAUCAGACGCAUUUAAUGUUUCAAGUGCAACGACUGAGUUGCUCACGUGGUUACGGUCGUCGAGCCUCUGAGCUCACCCAUCCCACCAGGACAGCGCCAGUCGCAAUUCUUGCCACGACGUGUGGCUGGACACAAGGAGUAUGCGACGCCACGUGACAGUUGUGGUGGCGGCGCUGGUCUGCACCGCCGCUGUCCACGGAGCUCCUCGUGUAUGCCGUGUGGGUGCUGUCUCGAACCCGACGUCCCAGGUCACCCCGCUGCCCACCUCCACGGGAUCUCUUGCGCCGUUCCCGACGGCCGACGCGAAUCAAACCCAGCCGCCCAACAAUCAAAGCACAACGGUUCUCCCUACCUUCGUUCCUCCCACGCGUGCUCCCACCACCACCACGGCCGGACGAAAUACCACCAUUGCACCUCAACCCUCGACCGUGGUGCCAACAACGACACAAGAGGUCGCGUCAGAAUCGACGGACAAUCUUCGUCGACUUGCCGAGAUAGCCACAUCGCCCACCGAUACCCCUGCCACAACGACAAUGACUCCGACAACCACAGCUGCCAUUGCACCACUUCCCUCGACAACGUCGUCAAAGACACUGCCACCGACCACCACUCCAUCGGCAACCAGCACGCAAGGGACGACUACCGCAAUUCCCAUUGCUACUGGAACCCCCACGCUUACUCCCGCAGCCAACGCAUCGUCGUCGGUCAUCACGCCCCCUCCAUCGCCGUGGACAACCACGACCUUCAUCUGCGACGCGCACUUUUACUCGAAAUGGCACACGCACAACAUCACGUGCAACGGUACCCAGAUCGACAUUGAUCUGGCCGUCGAGGCUGCGGCGUGCGUCGCGUACACGGACAUUUCGAGCUGCCGCGCGCUGUGCAGCUUCCCGUCCUGCGAUGGGUCUGCUUGGCGGUACGGGGAAUUGAUUCCAGCAGGUUCCACCAAUGCCACGACGACCGGCUUUCUCUCGAACGUGUACGCGUCCGUAGACGUGUCGCUUCUCGUGCCUCUCUCUGCCUCGUCCUUCCGAGCUGCGGCAUUUGCCAACGGGUCGUGCACCAAAGACUCGUCGACGACGCAAGAAUGCUCGUGCCUUGCGUUUCCAUCAGGCAAUAGCUCGUGGCCCCUAGGCAACGGGACGUCUCCCAACGGAACAACCGCUCAAAAUCGCACGGACGCGUCCGGCAAGAACAAAUACACCCCAGGGUAUCUCGAUCCGUCCGCGCCGUUGCCUCAAAUUGCUCAUAUCUCCCAGUCCACCGCUACGGCCACCGUCGCCGUCACAGCGGUAGCUGUUGUGUCCAGCACCAUCUUGGGGACAACAUCGUCGUCCGCGGCUGCGGCGUCGUCCGCGGCGGCCACUUCGUCUGCGAUGCUCGUGACCUUGGACGUUGUCCAGUUCGGGUCGCUCUUGAACCAGCUCCCGCUCAGUCAAAAGUCUGCCACCCUCGCAAGCCUCGGGACGUCGAUGAAGUACGCCGUGUUCAACUUCAUUGAGGUAGGUCCUGGCCCGCCGCCGUCCUCGCUAUCCAAGGGGCGAGACCUCGCGCAGGACGAAGAGUGCGCCGACGGCAUUUGCAAGUACGCUGUCACGCUUGGGAUUUCGAAAUUCAACCUGUUUGUGACAACGUUGGUCGGGAUCGCCGUCGUUGGAGCGGCCAUGGGCGCGCUGUAUGGUGUAGCCGCAGGCCUUGCCACACUCGUGUGCCCAGGCAGAGGAUAUGCGAGCGAGUGGUUCCACCAACUUGUCGGCGCGAUGGUGGUGCUGGGUCUGGCGUCGCAGUACGCAAUCGGCGUGACCGCGACGUACCAGAUCUACCUGAGUGCCACAACCAACUCGUACAUGUACUCGUUCUACUUGGCGCUUGCGUCGCUGCUGUUCCUCGCGGUGGGGAUCCUCGUCUUUGGCAUUUACAUUGUCCGCAAGCACGAGGCGGAACUGACCGACGUCGAUGACAUUGUGGCCCACACAAAGAAACCUGUCGCCAGGCGGUAUGGCGCGCUGUACGACGAGUACACGUUUGAAAACCGCUUCUUCUUCGCGCCCAAGAUGUUGCUCGCGCUGCUGUGCGGGAUGACGACGGGCGCGGCCUUUCUCAGCAACGCAACCCAAGUCGUGCUUGUGCUGUGCUUUCACGUUGUCUUCUUGGUCCACUUGGAGCGGUGCCAACCCUUUCAGACCCCGUUCAUGCAGCACUCGAUGUCGGUCCUGACCGUGUUGAAAAUUCUGACGUUGGUGCUGUCGAUCUUCUUGGUCUCGACGGUGGCGGGCCUGUCGUCAUCGUUCCACGACGCCGUGUCCGGUGUCAUUGUGGCCAUUCAACUGCUCGUGCUCGUGGGCCUCAUGGUCCGCCAAGUUGUCCUCCUCUACCAAAAGUACAAAGCCGUCCAAGCGCUCAAGAACAGCGAAGCCCGGGAAAAGAACAAGUCGGCGCUGCAGCCGCUCAACUCGGAGCAAGUCCACCACUUGAAACUUGGCCACCUGUAAACUCGUGCCGCGGCACCAGGCUUCACACGUCGGGGUCCAGCCAACGCGAGGGUGCGUCGACUAGAAGCAUCGUCGUUGUUGUCGGCACGAAUGACAUUAUUAUAUCCACACGCUUCUGGUCGGAAGACUUGUGUCUUGGAGAGGUUGGUGCUGUGAUGUGUGCCAUGCCUGGUGCAGUGCGACUUGUAGCCAGAUGCAUCGUCUGGUCAUGCUUGCACACGAUGAAGGCUUUCAUGGAUGGUCCCAAUGGAGGCUAUAGUAGCGCAAUAAGGUUUUCAGGACUCGGCUGUUCUCGAGCAAUUGUCGUCGGCGCACUCGUCCUCUUGAUCGAACUCCCGCCCCUUGAAGACGUCAGCGGACCAGGGCUGCCCUGAAUGGCGUUGACCACGGCGUGAUCGACGAUGACCCCAGGACAGCGCCGCCACCGGAAGCACCUGCUUGAUGCUGACCACGGACUACUUCGAAUGCAGCGCAUUUGUGGACGUCCCGGGUUUCGUGAGCAGCAGACUCUUGACGGAGCCGGAGUAGGUUCCAGAGUGACCCGUACUGGACUACGACCGUCCAAUGCUGUGACGGCGAAGUGCCUAUCGCUGGCAAUGAUGGUGCCGCGACGAUUCGUACUGGACAUGACGGGUACUGUCGCGAUAGCGACGGUCGCAGCAGCGGUGGACUGAAAGAUGUGAGCCAUUUGCGGCAACGCUGUGGCACUCGGCGUCCACUUGGCCCAUCCGACAACUGCGACUCGAUCGUGGUGGACCACAGACACGAGCGUCACGAUGGUCGGCACAGACUCGACUACGUCAGGUAGAACCCCGUGAACUCUUUCGUCCACGCCAUGACGACGAUGACCCAUGCACAUUUGCCCAAGACUGACUUGUACGAUGGCAAGGGGGCCACGUUGAAAUUCAACAGGACGCCGUCGGUUUGUUAGACCAGCUCGAGGGUCGCCGUGUAAAGAGGCAGAGCGCCAUGAUGCCUCGAACGACGUGGCCAGUCGAUUCAAACGAUGUUGGCGACGAGAUGUAUACCUGCACGUGGUCCCCUUCAAUACAACAACCCUGGAGCCUGUGGCGACUCGUAGAGUCUCCUC